CCUGGUUUUCCAGAACUCGCUAAUGAAGGAUUAACAGCGUCAUUUAAGGGUUAAAACUAAAAGGAAGAAGACAACAAUGACACAUUUAUCUCAUCACUAAGUCAAUUCUAAAACCUAAUUUAUUCUACCGUCCAUCUCCGAGUCUGGAUGAACUAAUGCUGCAGGUUGGCGCUUUCCGAGUUUUGCUUAGCAUCGCCAUUAGCUGCUAACCAAGACGUGCUGUGGAAAUGUGUGCAAAAAGCGUGAAAGAAGAAUACGAGGAGGAACUUUGUGCAACUAGAGAUGAGAAGGAGCUUCGCGAUUCAACACAGGCAGCAGACGAGGGUGAAGAAUACAUUCAUCUUGCGAGUAAAGGGGAAGAAGAAGAGGACGACAUCACACAUUUUCCAUUGACUGUGAUUGUGAAGAGUGAAGAUGAUGAAGCGGAUAACCUGUUUGCUCCACUAUCUGAAAGCGAUGACAUCACCUCACAUUCUCCUGCCACGGAUGAUGAUGAAUCCGUUCCUGCCAAUGACAGACACGUAAAAUGCUUACAGUGUGACAAAACAUUUAGUUCCAAGUGGAAUUUAAAGGUUCACCUUCGAAGUCAUAAGGGAGAAAAACCCUUCACCUGUUCAGAUUGCGGUAAAAGAUUCGUCAGUAAGGGCAAUUUGAACGCGCACACGAGAAUACACAAUGGCGAAAAGCCAUUCUCCUGCUCUGUGUGUGGUCUCCGGGUGACUCAAAAGAGUGGUUUAACAACUCACAUGAGAAUACACACUGGGGAGAAACCUUUUGCUUGUUCAGAAUGUGGUAAACGCUUCUCUAUUAGGGGCCAUUUAAGAAGACACACCAGAAUACACACGGGAGAAAAACCUUUUGCCUGCUUGGUUUGUGGCAAAAAAUUCUCAAUAAAGGGACAUUUGAAAACACACACAAGUAUCCACACUGGUGAAAAACCUUUUGCCUGUUCCAUGUGCACCUUCAGUUUCAGUGAACGAUCCAAAUUGGUCAAACACAUGAGAACACACUCAGGAGAGAAACCUUUCGCCUGUUUGACUUGCGGCCGACGAUUCUCCGCAAAGACCAGUUUGAUACGUCACAUGAGAACUCAUGGCCAGGAAAACUCUGUCACCUGCUCGGUGUGCAAUUUGACUUUCUGCAACCGUUUGGAAAUGAUCAAACACAAGAAAUUGCACUCUGGAGAAAAACACUUUACCUGUUCGGUGUGCGGGAAAAGAUUUAGUCAGAGAGUACACUUGACGUCACAUGUGAGAGUACACACUGGUGAGAAACCCUUCAGUUGCGGCGUGUGUGAUAAAAGUUUCUCGCGGAAAGAUCAGGUGAAGAGACAUAAGUGUGAUUGUGAGAAGAGCAGCAAUCAGUGAGAUAUAAUGGAAAAGGGGGGAAAAAAAAGUCAUUCUGAAUGAAAUUAAAGUCAUCAAUUAGUGAUGAUCAGUCUGUGGUUGCUACCAGAACUCAUUCAUUGCUUUGAAUGGAAUUAAAGGAAUUCUCAAGGUUUUGUUAUUCCACUUCCUGUAGCUUUUGGGUCACUUCAAGUGUUGCCAGAUUGGGCAGGUUCCUGCCUAAUUGGGCUAUUUCCAAACACUCAGGGCGGGAGAAAAAUGCAUAGGGUGGGUUGGUAAAAAUUUGGGCAAAUUUUGAUCAAAUUUGGUGGUUUUGGAAGGAACUGUUUUGAUUAGUUUUAACAGUUAAACUUGUAUGUCAAACACCUGGAAGUUCAGCUUUAUUACUGAAGUAGCAUUUAGUGAGUUGUGAUGCAUGAGCUUUGUACUGAAUGUCAUUUCUGAUUUGUAGCUAAAAAGUCAAAUUCAACAACACAAUUCCAAAAAUGACAUAACAUGAAAAUGCGUUAGAUGUGCUGUACAUUGUAUGGAGGGGAGGGUGGCAUAGUUGUUUGCAUAUUCUAAUGUGUUGUAAAUUGUAUCCUUGUUACAGGUGGAUUUGCUUCGAAUUUUUACACAUAUCUCAGUAGAAAUGCUAUUUUCAGAAUCCAUUUCAGAAUUGGCUCUGGAAAAUAUUGUCAAAGUUCUUGUACUUCAACAGUGAUUUUUUUUUUCUACAAACGUAGUUUUUUCAUUUUAUAACAAUAUAUGCUAAAUUAUUAAUUAGUCUGUGUCCUGAAACAAAUACAAUAGUUUAACCUUUUUAAGAAGGACUAAAUCUUCCAUACUUCAUAUUGGCGAAACACUAAAUUCCAUAGUAAUGUGUUCACCACUUUUGACUUAUUUUUUCUGGUUAUAGUAUGAAAAUAUACACAGGAUUGGAAAAAGGGAACAUUUUUCCUUGAACGGGAUGUUGUAAUUUGGACUGUUUUUUCACUGGGCGGAUUUUGAUUGGCUGGAUACUGUCAUUCCAAUCUGGCAACCCUGGUCACUUCCAUUUGUGAGUGAUCAUGUUUCACUGCCAUUGACUGAGUCCAAUCAAAAUUGAUUUGACAUCUUUCACCAUCAAUGGAAGCCAAUGAGUUAGCAUGUA